AUGGAGAUUGGGUUCGAAAACGAUCUCCCACUCAUUUCACUGGUGCAGUCGGCCGGUGUCUUCUUGCCCCAGCAGUUCCGAGUGUUCCACAAAGGCGGCCAGCUGUUCCGGGACCUGGCGGUGCGAUCCCAGCACGGCAAGCCUUCAUGCGCCAUUGUUUUCGGUCCUUCGACAGCCGGAGGGGCGUACCAUCCCGCGCUAUCUGAUUACACCAUUUUCGUGGAAAAUCAAGCCCAGGUAUUUCUCGGAGGGCCUCCGCUCGUCAAGAUGGCAACUUCAGAGACUGUCAGCGCCGAAGAACUGGGCGGAGCGAAAGUUCACGCGACGGUAACUGGCUUGGCAGACCAGAUCGCGCUCGAUGAAUUCGAUGCGAUUCAGAAAGCCCGCGAAUGGGUAGUGACUCUUCGAAACCCUGAUCCCAGCGGUCCUCUCACCGGUGGAUCAGCUCCGGCACCCCCUCUCUAUCCUAUCGAUGACAUUUUGUCUCUGGUGAACACAGACAUCCGAAAACCGUUCAAUAUGCGCGAGGUUCUGUUGCGACUCGUUGACGACUCCAGAAUCUCCAUCUUCAAACCAGGAUACGGGUCUAGCAUGCUGACUGCUUGGGCGGACAUACUUGGAUUUCGCACCGGUAUUGUGGCGAACCAGACACCCGUUAUAAAUCCACAAGAGGCGCUGAAAGCGGCCCAUUUCAUUCGGCUAUGUAACCAAGAGGAUGUCCCGAUAGUUUUUCUCCAUAAUGUUACAGGUUUCAUGGUCGGGAAGAAAGCGGAGCACGCCGGGAUCAUCAAAGCAGGCGCCCAGCUCGUCUCGGCCGUGAGUUGCUCGUCAGUCCCGCACAUUAGCAUCAUACUGGGUGCAUCUUAUGGUGCCGGAAACUACGCUAUGUGCGGCCGUUCCUACCGACCUCGCUUCCUGUUCACCUGGCCCACGGGCCGCUGCAGCGUCAUGGGCCCGGACCAGCUUGCAGGCGUGGUGGAGACUAUCAAGUCCAAGUCGAACGGCGGGAGCAAGGUGUCGCCGGACGAGAUCAAGUCCCAGGCUCAGAAACUUCGGGAUGAUGCUUAUAGGGACUCCACUUGCUAUUCGACGAGCUCGAUGCUUAUUGACGAUGGUAUCAUCGACCCGAGAGAUACUCGGGACGUUUUAGGGAUGUGUCUGGAGAUUGUGCAGUCAUCUGGGAAGAAGAGCCCUGAAACUCAUCGGUUUCUCGCAAGAAUCUGA